AAAAACAAUACAUGCGAAACAAAAUGUUUUUAAUUGUGUAAUGUUCUUCUAGUUUUCAUGCAUACGACAGCAUGCCUUUUUGUGCUUAAACCAGUCAUGCUGACACUGCUGUCGGAAGAUAUUGUGAAUGUAACAAAAUCAUCCAUCACAACAGCAUCAAAACUACCUUUUCGCGUAGAAUACGGCAAGAGACUUGAUCAAUAUUUAUAUCCGAUAACCAUACACUGUUACGUGGCCGUAUUCGCUCAUUCGUUCGCUACGAUUGCGGCCGAUGCCUUGUACUAUACUUUGAUCCAGCACGCAUGCGGAAUGUUUUCAAUUAUUGGAUAUGUGCUAGGGAAUAUUGGCCAAAAUAACAAUAUGGAUUUUGAUUUAAAUUCAAGUAAACUACGGGACAACGAUUAUAGAAAAAUUUUGGAUUGUUUACGUAGACAUCUUCAUAUAAUAGAAUUCGCGGAAUUAAUUGAGUCUAUAUACAGCACGAUAUUUUUGCUGAAUAUUAAUGUGAACAUGGUCGGUGGUAGUCUAGCUGGUGUACAAGUAUUAAUGAACUUAGACAAAAGUGCGAAAGAUAUUGCGGGGCCUGUCACUAUCUACAUUGCACAAGUCAUUCAUCUUUUUUUACAUUUUUGGCAAGCUCAAUUUCUGUUGGAUUACAGCGUUCUUCCUUACGAAUCUAUUUGCAGAGCAAAUUGGUAUUACACUUCGAGGCGAUGUCAAAAACUCUUUCUCUUAAUCAUGAAUAGAACAUUAUCACCAUGCAGAAUCACUGCUGGCAAAAUUAUGACUCUAUCCAUCGAAAGCUUCGGGACGGUAAACAAGACUGCAAUAUCAUCUUCAAUUUUCAUCGCUGCAAUGUAGUUUAAUGAGAUGACCAUUUUAUUUCUUAAAGGUUGUGAGAGCUUCGUUGUCUUAUCUCACUAUGUUCCGUUCUCUACAAUGAUGGUGCAGUGCGAUUGUUUGUAGUUAACAAUAUUCUUUAAUAAAAUAAACUUAAAUUGAAGCAGAUCUUUUUUUAAUGAAAUAAAAGUCCGCCUUUUUUUCUUCAGACUUGCACAAAGUUUCUUAUAUUUGUUAAAGGUUUACAAUUUUUGCAGUGGUACACAAAAACACAUGAAUGAUGAGAGAAAAAUG